AUGCUACCUUUUCUAUUAAUACUAAUAUUAAUGAAGCUCACAUCUACUUACCCUCUGAACUGCACUUAUUACCAAAACACACUUUUAUUAACCAAAAACAGAAAAAUAAAUACAAAAAAAGAACUUUCAACUACCAAGCAAUAA